GGCCCCGCCUGCACCCUGGAGCGCCGGGCCGCCAGCCUCUGCCUGCUCGCCGUCCUCGCGGCCGCCAGCCUCGGCCGCCCCUGCCCGCCCGCCCGAGGGCCCUCCCCGCAGCAGCUGCCCGCGGACUCUGGCACCUGGAUGGGACCAUGGCCCACGAGGACCUCAUCUUCCACCUGGAGGGCGUCGGCGGCAGUCGGACCCCCGGGGCCGGCCGUGACGGGGACUCGGACCCGGACAGCGAGGACGAGGACGGCUACUGCCUCUGGCCCCUCACCGAGGCCCCCGGGCCGCUCCGGCGUGGCCUCUGCGGCGCCCUGAGGAGCAGCCCGCAGCCCGGCCACGCCGCCCCGGGCAGCGCCUUCCGCGUGCGGGAGGCGUGGAAGCACGCCAUCGAGAAGGCCAAGCACAUGCCCGACCCGUGGGCAGAGUUCCACCUGGAGGACAUCGCCGCUGAGUGCGCCAGGCGCCACAGGUACAACGCCGUCACCGGCCAGUGGCAUGAGGACGAGGUUCUGAUCAAGAUGGCCGCUCAGCCCUUCGGCCGCGGCGCCAUGCGGGAGUGCUUCCGGACGAAGAAGCUGUCCAACUUCCUGCACGCCCAGCAGUGGAGGGCGGCUUCCAACUACGUGGCCAAGCGCUACCUGGAGCCGGUGGACCGGGGUGUGUACUUCGAGGACGUGCGUCUGCAGAUGGAGGCCAAGCUCUGGGGGCAGGAGUACAACCGGCACAAGCCCCCCAAACAGGUGGACAUCGUGCAGAUGUGCGUGCUGGAGCUGAGGGACCGGCCGGGCGCGCCCCUCUUCCACCUGGAGCACUACAUCGAGGGCCAGUACACCAAGUACAACUCCAACUCGGGCUUCGUGCGCGACGACGCGCGCCUCACGCCGCAGGCUUUCAGCCACUUCACCUUUGAGCGCUCCGGCCACCAGCUGAUCGUGGUGGACAUCCAGGGUGUGGGCGACCUCUACACCGACCCUCAGAUCCACACCGAGAAGGGCACUGACUUCGGAGACGGCAACCUCGGGGUCCGGGGCAUGGCGCUCUUCUUCCACUCCCACGCCUGCAACCGGAUCUGCAAGAGCAUGGGCCUCACGCCCUUCGACCUCUCGCCGCGGGAGCAGGACGCGGUGGACCAGAGCACCGCGCUGCUGCAGUCCGCCCAGACCCUCCUGCGGGGGACGGAGGAGAAGUGCGGGAGCCCCCUGGCCAGCAGCCUCCCCGGGGCCCGGCCGCCCCUGCGCCCCCGCCUGUCGGAGAACUCCGGAGACGAGAGCAUGAGCGACGCGGCCUGGGACUCGCUGUCGUCCUCCCCGUGCGCAGCCACGCCGCACAGCCCGAAGCUGGACCCGCCCGACUGGCCCAUGUUCAGCGACUUGGACGGUGUGGCUCCCCGAGAUCACGACCAGCCGGACAACCACCGGGACUCGGAGAACAGCGGGGACAGCGGCUACCCCAGUGAGAAGCGGGGCGAGCUGGACGAGCCGGAGCCCCGGGAGCGGGGCCACUCCAGCGGCAGCCAGAGGUCCGAGUCGGACGAAGACAGCCUGGGCAGCUGCGCACGGGUCUGUGUGGAGAAGUGGAGCCUCCUUAACCCCGCCCGCCUCCACCUGCCCAGGCCCUCCGCCGCGGCCCUGGAAGUGCGCAGGCUUAGCGCCCUGGACCUCGGCCGCAGGAUCGGGAAGUCCGUGCUGGGGAAGGUCCACCUGGCCCUGGUGCGCUACCACGAGGGCGGGCGCUUCUGCGGGCAGGACGGGGCCUGGGACCGGGAGUCGGCCCUCUUCCACCUGGAGCACGCGGCCGACCUGGGCGAGCUGGAGGCCGUCGUGGGCCUGGGGCUCCUGUACUCGCAGCUGCCGCACCACAUCCUGGCCGAGGUGGCCCUGCAGGAGACGGAAGAAAACAAGACCAAAGGAUUCGAUUACUUACUGAAGGCGGCGGGAGCUGGCGACAGGCAGUCCAUGAUCCUGGUGGCACGGGCUUUUGAUACUGGCCAGAACCUCAGCCCAGACAGGUCCCGGGACUGGCCGGAGGCACUGCACUGGUACAGCUCCGCCCUGGAGAAGUCGGACUGCGACGAGGGCGGGGGGUACGACGGGAUGGCGGACGAGCCGCGGUACGCACUGCUGGCCCGGGAGGCCGAGAUGCUGCUGGCGGGCGGCUUCCGGCUGCCCAGGGACCCGCAGCGGUCAGGCGACUUGUACACCCAGGCGGCCGAGGCAGCGAUGGAGGCCAUGAAGGGCCGGCUGGCCAACCAGUACUACGAGAAGGCGGAGGAGGCCUGGGCGCAGAUGGAGGAGUAGCUCGAGGGACGCACUGGCUGGUCCGCACCGGGCUGGAGGGAGACCCGCCUCCUCGCCGCGGCUACGCGGCAUUUCCAGUGUGUGGUGCACCAGCUUUUGUACACGUUCUUGGACCUGUCGGCAGAGACACGGCUGUCCCGGGCGGUGCUCGGGGCUGGGGUUGAAAAGCAGCCUGAGGACCGGCACAUGGAUGUGAGGUUCUGUCGUCUGUGUUUCCUCACAAGAUGCAAGAAGGUGCUUUGGGGAACAUUUGGGCUUUGCUGCCAGCGUUUCAGCCUCAUUCCGAGCCGGACGAGGACUGUCUGCUGCACGGGAGCUCCGUGGGGGUGGCCGCUCCGUGGUGUGCACCCCCCAUGCUCUGCCUCCCUCUGCGCGGGAGCACGUGCGCGCUGCGCCGCGGAGUGAGAUGGACCGCGCCGCCCUCUUCGGCCGUGGGGGGCCCUCCCUCGGACGGCAUCCUUAUUUUCUAGUUUUUUUUCCUUCCUGAUCCUCAGCUGGGUUCCUGGACCACGGCCAGAUCCCGCGUUUAUGCGUGGUUUCCGCAGACGGCUUUCCGGACAGGCCAGCGUGUGCGCCCGGUCCUGCUCUGAGCGCCCGUCCGCGGGGUGGGCGCCCACGGCCUCCGCGGCGCUGGCGUGGGGAGCCCUCUCCCCUCUCCCGGUGGGGCUCGGUCCGGCCCCCGGCUGUGCGGGAGGCAGCCUCUCCCCGCACUCACCUCGGGGCUCAGCGGCAGCUCCGGGCAGGAGCCCACUGGAUGCCCACAGCCCUGUCCCCGCGGCGGGCUGCUGCACAGCAGAGAGAGGCCGCCUGCCUGCAGCCGCCGGCCGGCUCCGCCGCUGGUUCUGCGGUUGUCGGGGAGCAGCGAACGGGCUCAGCCGCGGCUGGUGUGGCUCAGUGGACAGAGCUCAGCCUCAGACGGAGGAGCUGGUUUUGGUUCUGGCCGCGGGCACACACCUGGGUUGCAGGCUUGGUCCUUGGCCAGGUUGGAGCACUUUGGGGAGGCAGACAGUCGAUGUGUUUCUCUCACAUCGAUGUUUCCCUCUGUCUCUUUCCCUCCCUCCACUCUUUUUAUUUUUUAUUUUUUUUUAUUUUAUUGAUUUUUACAGAGAU